AUCACAGGAGCGAUUCAUGUAGUGCCUUCAGUAGGCAUGACCUCCAAGGGUGCCAAGGGUGCCAAGGGCUUCCCGGGAAAGGGGCCGGAUGACUUCAAAGGUAAAGGCUUCCCAGCAAAGGGGAUGCCCGGGAAGGGCUUUCCAAUGCACAAAGGCGCUUUACCCAAAGGCACGGGAAAAGGACCACCGGGACAACCAGGACCCCAAGCACAACACCCUGGCAUGUGCAAAGGCGGUGGACCACAAGGACCACACCCUGGCCCGUGCAAAGGUUAUGGUAUGGCCCAUCCUGGUGGCUUGAUGGCACCUGCACCCAUGGCACCAAUGCAACCCCAGCCAGCACCAGAGAUCAGACCUCAAGCUGCUCCUUCUCCUGCGGAGCCUGCGCCUGCAGAUGCGGUCAAGGCCUCGCCAGCAGCGCGCCGGAAGACGCUGGGGCCGCUGAUGCCGCCGCUGCCGCCCACGGCGCUGCGGCCGGACUCGCCGGUGCAAGCGCUCGAGGAGUUUGGCGGCUGGCCUGCUGCAGAGGGUGCCAGUGGAACGCAGAUGCCGACUCCCGCUGCUGCGGAUCCGGUUGCCACUGUGGCGCCAGCGGCCAUGCCAGCAAUGCCCAGCGCAUCGGCGCGGCCAGCACCCUCCAUGAGCCCAGCCCCUGCGCCUGAAUCCGCUCCAGCAUCCACACCGGCGUCUGCACCUCCACCGGCUGCCUCCUCUCCAGCGAUGUCUCCGGCGAUGCCUGGGAUGCCUUCCAUGCCGUCUGCCAAUGGCGACAAUGGCGGCAAUGGCGUGUCGCGGCGAGAAGCCAGUCGCAAAACGGCGACGCAACUGCGCUCCGAGCUCAACAGACUCAGAGAGGAAAUGGAGAGGCAGAGUGCUCAGGGGAAGGCAUCUUCCUCUGAUGCAGAUGAACUGAAGGAAGAGCUGCGCAGGCUUCAGAAACAGUUUGAAGAAAGUGAGAGAGAAAACCAGGAGCUACGUGCUAAGCAAUCUGCCCCUGGUGAAAGUGCCCCACGGCGUCGUGGCCGGAAGAGCAUGAGGAAUCGGACCAUGGAUCUGACGGCUCACCGCAACGCCGACUGGGAGGAGGCUGGUGGAACGUCAGCCGAGGAAAGUGAUGUUUCGGAUGACGGAGAAGAUCUGGAUGCGCUGCUGGGAUUGGCGAAGGUCCGCUGAGCCUGUACUCACCAGCCGAAAA